GCUCGCGCCCGGGGAUAGUGAACGACCCUGCCGCGCGAGAGAGCGAUCAUCACUGGCGCGAGCCGCAGAGAGCCAGGCGGCGACAGUAUCUCUUACAGAGCAGCAGAUUGCUGUAUUAUUCACCGGCUGUGAAUGUGAGCUCCUCGGGCCUCGAUUGAUGAUCAGACAGCAGUUGAACUGAAUAGACUCGUCGGUAUUUUCCGGUGAUGAAUUGAGAAGAAAAGCUGAACACUUUUGACCAGUUGCCCUGCCCAGUGCGGUGCAUGUAUGCAGCUGUAUCGAGCUCCGGCAGAACUACUCCAGGACGCUAUCAUGGAAAAAUACACGCCACUUUCCUGCAAGCUGUCGAGAUGUCAGUGGAUAGUCUGAAUGGACGUUGUAAUUUAUAUAGCUGAUGCUUUUAUGUCAUGUUUCACGUGCAGUUGUUUUAUUGUGCAUUGAAGGAACGCGCAUAAUAGCUUCGGUUAUGCCCAGAUGACAAGGUGCCUCUGGUCUGACAGUGAUGCAACAGUAUUUAUUACAUGCACAGAGUUUUAAUAAGCUGUUCAAGCGCUGCUGGAUCUUAAAGUGUUGCAUUGAGAGCUAACAGAAGAAUAGACUCGUCGGUCGCUGCGACUCUAGGAAGAGGGGGAAUUUGGGUGUCCUGACUCAAACGACAAUCCAGAGACAACAAUGGCAAAUGACUCCAUCCAAAGUGAUCCUGGUGGGUUGUCAGUACUAGAGCAGCUAGGCUUGGACCACAGCUCCGAUUUCUCUGACUCGAAUGUUCAGCAGCGGUUGGAUGAACAGCGAGAGCGAAUCCGUAGGGAAAUCCGGAAGGAGCUGAAGAUUAAAGAGGGAGCAGAGAAUCUCCGCAGAGCCACUACAGAUAAACGAAAUGCUCAGCAGGUGGAGAGUCAGCUGCGGAGCUCCAGUCGACGUCUGGACUCACUCCACGCUCAGCUACAAGAGCUGGACGCUCAUAUCGUUGUCAAAGGGACGGAUGAUUCACGUGAUGAUGCUCCUCAGUCUCCGGGAGCAGAGGGCAGGUCUUCGGCGCACAAGGAGAGAAUCGCUGCUCUGGAAAGGCAGUUAAACAUCGAACUCAAAGUCAAACAGGGAGCAGAAAAUAUGAUCCCCAUCUAUGCCAACGGCUCCACUAAGGAUAAGAAGAUGUUGCAGACAGCUCAGCAGAUGCUACAGGACAGCAAGACAAAGAUUGACAUCAUUCGCAUGCAGAUCCGGAAAGCAGCGCAGGCCCACGAACACAACGAUGAUAUUCAGGGAAAGCCUGACCCAUGUGGUAUGGAGCUACGGAUUGAGGAGCUCAGACACCAUUACCGCGUAGAGCACGCCGUCGCUGAGGGAGCAAAAAAUGUCCUUAAACUUCUUGGAGCCAGUAAAGUACACGACAAAAAGGCCAUGUCAGAGGCUCAGUGUCGUCUGAGUGAGUCGUCUCAGAGGUUGGAUCUGCUGAGAGAUUCACUAGAUCGGCGGUUAGCAGAACUUCCUGAGGAUCAUCCAAAAGCAUCUGUUAUCAAAGAAGAGCUGGCGUUAGCCUCCUCACCAGCGUUCAACUCUCGACACGGCGCCCCCUAUGUGCACAACCAGUACAGCACACUCUCCAAACCCUCUCCCCUCACUGGCACUCUUCAGGUCACACUGUUGGGCUGUAUGGGUGUGCUAGAGGUCGUUCCCGGACGUUCACGCGGCAGUCCGGUAGUAUUGCCAUGUCACAGUCCGGGAGAAGGACGGUCCUUUAUGCGGAGUGGAAAAGGCCUGUACAGUCGCAGUGGCAGUGUUAGCGGAAAAAACCCCCCCAAAACAGAUGAACUCUCCACGGAGGUGAGCGCAGUACUGAAGCUGGAUAACACAGUCGUGGGUCAAACGGCAUGGAAGAUGGUUGGAGAACAGGGCUGGGAUCAGACCUUCACCGUAGAGCUGGAGCGAUCCAGAGAGAUGGAGAUCGCAGUGUACUGGAGAGAUUACCGAUCUCUGUGUGCGCUCAAAUUUCUCAAGUUGGAGGAUUUCCUGGACAACCAGAAACACAGAGUACAACUAGAGCUAGAGCCACAGGGACUUCUGCUUGCAGAGGUUACCUUCUUUAACCCCGUGAUCGAGAGGGUUCCUCGGCUAAAACGGCAGAAGAAAGUUUUCUCCAAACAACAGGGAAAAGCCUUCUUGCGAGCUCGGCAGAUGAACGUUGAUAUCGGCACAUGGGUGAGGUUACUGAGGAAUGCCAUACCAACCGUCAACAACACAGGAACCUACAGUCCUCACGCACACACUGUACAGACAGGGGAGAUAUCGGUGGAGAAGUUGAGUUUAGACUAUGACUCACCGAUGAAGGUGGACAUUCGUCGAGAUGUGCCGGAUGCCAGCACUCCAGAACGGCAGCCGGCCACUGAACCCGUCUCUGCUCCGGACCACACCACCCCUGAACGCCAAACCAGAACACCUUCACUGAGCAGUAAACAGAAGAAGACUCCUUUGAGCCUGCAGGACUUCCGACUAAUAGCUGUUCUUGGCAGGGGCCAUUUUGGAAAGGUGCUGUUGACGGAAUACAAGAAGUCAGGCAAUAUGUACGCCAUUAAAGCCCUGAAGAAAGGAGACAUUGUGGCCAGAGAUGAAGUAGAAAGUUUGAUGUGUGAGAAGCGCAUUUUCGAGACGGUGAACAGUGCGCAGCACCCCUUCCUCGUGAACCUGUUUGCGUGUUUCCAGACCCCAGAACAUGUGUGUUUUGUCAUGGAGUACACGGCAGGUGGCGAUCUAAUGAUGCACAUACACGCAGAUGUCUUCACCGAGCCACGAGCUGUGUUUUAUGCUGCUUGUGUAGUUUUAGGGCUUCAGUUUUUACAUGACAACAAGAUUGUGUACCGAGAUCUUAAAUUGGACAACUUGCUGCUUGACACAGAGGGUUACGUGAAGAUCGCCGACUUUGGAUUGUGUAAAGAAGGGAUGGGUUUUGGGGACCGGACCAGUACGUUCUGUGGGACUCCAGAGUUUUUGGCUCCAGAGGUCCUGACAGACACGUCGUACACCCGGGCCGUGGACUGGUGGGGGCUCGGAGUGCUUAUAUAUGAGAUGUUGGUGGGAGAGUCUCCGUUUCCAGGUGAUGAUGAAGAGGAGGUUUUUGACAGCAUAGUGAAUGAUGAAGUUCGUUAUCCACGGUUCCUUUCCUCAGAGGCCAUUGGCAUCAUGAGGAGGUUACUAAGGAGAAAUCCCGAAAGACGACUGGGUUCCAGUGAGAAGGAUGCAGAGGAUGUAAAGAAACAGCCUUUCUUUAGGAAUAUGGACUGGGAGGCUCUUCUCCUCCGUAAACUCCCUCCUCCCUUCCUUCCGACUAUCGGGAACAAAGAAGACGUCAGCAACUUCGACGAGGAAUUCACAACAGAAGCGCCGGCCCUCACGCCGCCUCGUGAACCCCGGGUGCUCUCGCGCAGGGAUCAGGACAGCUUCCGUGAUUUUGACUAUGUCUCUGACCUCUGCUGAGAGCGUCUUCACUGUGAUUGUGCCGUAGUGAGACCUUUCUGCUCCGCCACUCAGCGACGACGAGGAUGUUUCGUGUGAAUUAUGAAUGUGCUGGACCUGUGAACACUGUGAUGGAAGAAAGAGGAGGCCAAAAAACUGUUAACCAGCAGGUUUAAAGGUGCAUUUGAUCAUUUUUUACGCUUCAACUCACCCAGUGGUUUGGAUAAAGCAUCACACUAAAGUAGUCAGUUACUGAUGCAAUCAUAGAAACGCAUUUUCACAGUCAGCCAUGAGUCAUUUAUUCAGCUAAUAAAAGUGUCCAAUAACAAGUGUGUUACUGAAAGGAGUGAGCAGCUUUGGCCUGGUCAUGUGGUCUCAAAAUAGAGAUCACAUGCCCCUUCAAAGGGCCCUCUUCAUGUAGAAUAAUACAGUCUUCAUCUCAUGUGAACGGUCAUACUUUUAAAAUCUAUUUAAAAGUACUGUCUAUUUCUUUAGGGCUAAAACAGUUUUUUUAUAUAUAUAUAUAUAAAGUAAAAAAUGAUUGAGUGCACCGAUAAACUUUUUGGUUUGUCUUCAAGUGUCAUUUAUACUUUUGAAAAAUGCGCUUUGUCUUAAUAAAGGCAAUGUUUAGGUAAAUUUUAAAACUUGAAACAACUCAAUAAAGGUCACACAGAAGCAUCUUAGUGAACUUUUGUAAAAGAUACAACCAAGAGCCUGUUGGGAAAUGCAUUUCUGUGUUUCUUCUCACAUUUAAGGAAAAAUGACCUUUGAUGACCACACAGGACCACCUUCCGUUUCUCAUAUGGUGUCCAUUCAAACAGGAAUAAAAUCCCUAAGGAACUGGUUUAAGAGACGCUUUUCUGUAGAUGCUGUGACGUUAGAUGAAUGCAGAAUUAUUGAAUUAGGCUCGAACAUUAAUGAAUGUGUACAUCCUCUUGGAGUUCUCGGUGGUUAAGGAGUUAAAUCAUCUUUAGACUUGUACAUCCUGGGUAUUUCUCAUACAUUCUCAAGCCCUUCAUCUCUUACAUGUUACAUGUGAAUAUCAAGCAUAUCGAAAUAUAGUAGAGCAGUCCUUUUUGAAGACAGCUUGGUCUCCAUUCAUUAAGUGCACUUUUAGUUUUGUAACCUUAAUGAAUUUUUACAAAAACAAACCUUGUAUGUAAAGUUGGUUUGAAGAAAAAAUGCCUUAAUAUUGCUCCUGUCUGCCCUGGUGUUUGUUCUUACUGUUUGUGGUUUUACUUCAGCGAGGGAAACAAAUGGCUAGAAAAUUAAAUCUUGAUUAGCUACAAUCAUUAAACAGAAAGAGUGUGUUUGUUGAUAAUUUUCACAAGGUCCAAUCAUUGAUUUUUUUUACAGUUGUUGUGAUAAAAUAAAUCUGUGCAAAAGGGUAUAAAACCACUUGUUUAAAGACUCGAAGGCCUCAAAUAUUAGAUGCUUUUUCUCUGAUUUUAUACAUGCUUUUAAAUAUAUAUGUUUUCACAAAAUAAAUCUGUUAUAUAGAAAAUGGUAUCCAUUAAGUUAGUCAUUACACAAAUGAAAUAGCAACUAGUGACUGUUAUGUGUUAGUUCUGGUUUCACACACUUUACCUCAGAGCUGUUUUGAAGCUUUUGAAACAUCAUGUUGUGCAGUUUUGUAUUAGACAGUUUGUACGAACAGCACACUAUGACUUCUGUUACUUGCAAGGAGCAGACUAAUAAAUUGUUUUGAAGCAUUUGAUUACACAAACACACACACACAUAAAAAAGCUCAUACUCUCACACACACUGUGAAUAGCAAAGUUGCUAAACAUAUACAUAAAAUAUUUGUAAAUGAAAGACUUGUGUAUCAUGAAACGACAAAACCUUUCCUCCUUUUUUUCCUCAAAUGGUAAACUGUCUGCAGACUAAUGCAUGUCCUGUACCAUUAUACAAUUCAUCAACAUUGUAUUUAUAAAGCUGUUGUUGAGAUGA